AUGCCCGGUGGCUCGUUUGUUGGUGCGCUGGUCUCCGGUUUCCUGACGGAUUGGCUGGGCCGCAAACGUGCUAUUCAAGGCGGCUCCAUCAUCUGGUGUAUCGGAAGCGCAAUCGUGUGUUCCUCGUUCAGCAUCGGCCAGCUGGUGGUAGGCCGUUUCAUCAACGGUCUUUCGGUCGGUGUUCUCAGCGCCCAAGUUCCGGUCUAUGUCGCCGAAUUGGCCCAGCCCAGUAAACGUGGUCAAGUGGUCGGAGCCCAGCAGUGGGCCAUCACGUGGGGUAUCUUGAUCAUGUUCUACAUCUCCUAUGGAAGCAGCUUCCUGGAUGGCCCUGCCGCGUGGCGUCUCCCCUGGGGCUUGCAGAUGAUUCCCGCGGUCUUCCUCUUCUUCAUGUUCUUCCUGCUGCCCGAAAGUCCCCGCUGGCUCGCGAAGCAUGAUCGCUGGGAGCAGGCUCAUGAGGUCUUGGCUCUGGUCCACGCCAAGGGAGACCACUCUGCCCCGUUCGUUCUGACUGAGCUGCAAGAGAUCCGGGAGAUGGUCGAGUUUGAGCGCCGGAACAAGGACGCAUCUUAUGUCGAGCUGUUUAAGCCCCACAUGAUCUUCCGGACUCAUAUCGGAAUGUUCACCCAAAUUUGGUCCCAGCUCACCGGAAUGAACGUUAUGAUGCUGUACAUCACCUAUGUUUUUGGAAUGGCUGGCCUGUCCGGAAACGCCAAUCUGAUUGCCUCUUCGAUCCAAUAUGUGAUCAACGUGGUCAUGACCAUCCUUGCCCUGCUCUUCAUUGAUCGCUGGGGCCGCCGAACUCCUCUACUUGUCGGUUCUACCCUCAUGAUGAUCUUCAUGUUUGCCAACGGAGGUAUCAUGAAGUCAUACGGCAAGCCGGCCCCGCCUGGCGGGGUGGACCACGUUGCGGAGGAAUCUUGGGACUUGUCCGACGCGCCCGCGGCAGCGAAAGGGGUGAUUGCCUGCACCUAUCUGUUUGUCGCGAGUUAUGCGCCAACUUGGGGCCCUGUCAGCUGGAUCUACCCUCCAGAGCUUUACCCAUUGCGUCUCCGUGAACAUCAAAUGGAAGACCUACCUGGUGUUUGGUGUAUUCUGUUUCGCGAUGACAGUGCACGUGUUCUUCUGCUCCCGGAAACUGCUGGCAAGACCCUCGAAGACGUGGAAACCAUGUUCACCACCCCCGGGCUGCGGGCAUGGAAGACCAAUGUCCAGUUCCGACAUGUCCGACAGCUGGAGCAAGGGGCCAUUCAAUCAGAGAAGCUCGCAGACUUGCAGGCCGAGCCUGGUGUCUCUCAUCAGGAGUCCGCAGACAAGGAGACCUCGGUGACCCCCAAGGUGUAA